GCACUGUCGUACAGUCUGUCAACACCAAAAACCAGUUUGUUUGAGCUCCAUGAGCUAAACAUCUACACCACAGGAAAUCCACAGUAACUGAUUUACUAAUUUCUUUUUAACUUGCUGUGACUCUGGUAUUAAAUUUGGAUUUUUGGCUUGCCUGUGAGGAACUUAUGUUGAGUGGAAAUGAAGACAAAGUCAUGAGAACUUCAAGUGCCUGCUGCCAGGGUCCUCCAUGUUUCCACACCUCCUCUUUUGUCAGAGGGAAGAACAGCAAGACAGGCGCACACGUCAGACACCCACUCUGGGUCCAGUUACUGGUUCUAGUCCUUCUACUCAUAGAAGGAACCACAGCACAAACAUUCAAUGGAACUCUACAAACAACCGUCGAGCCCAACGUCACAAAAGCUGUGUAUUACAUGGUGCAAGUCUCUGUGGAUGUGACUGGAGAUGAGAGAAAUGAAUCAGACAUUAGCAUCCUGCUCCGUUAUGUGUUUCAUCAUCACCUGGAGAGAUGCAUCCUCCCCAAAGAUAUAACACCAAACACCACAAGCUCAGAACCUCGCCUGGACACCACAUCUGUCAGCCCUUCGUAUGAUCCAACACACAACACGACAACAUUGUUGCACAGCUUCAACUCAACUGUGACACCUGGCAACUUCACCACAGCAGCUCUGAUUCAGAACUACAGCCUGACGACAGCCCCGUCAGCCAGCUUCAGCACGGCGACCACGCUCUACAACGGCAUCAGCAUGACUACUGCCUCAGAAAAUGACACCACAACACACACUGGUGACAUAGAUGAUGGUGAAAUGUCUGAUAUCGACAUAUUUCAAGGAAUUGAAGUUUCGUGCUUGAAGAAAACUGCAAUAAGGAGGACAAACUGCAGUGUACUGCUAAAGCUGAGGGAGCCCGUAAAUCCAUGUUGUAUUCUCAAAACAUUGUGUCUGAGAGGGAAUGCCUCCAAGGACAUCCAUGUGGUGGGUGAAAGAGUGGAAAGAGUGGGGAGGCUGCCUCGCAGAAAUGACUUCAUGGAGUGCAGUAGCUUGCCCAAAGAACCCAACACAUGCAUUGCUACCGGUCCUGUCAAUGCGUCGUGUGAAGAGUUUGGGUCUGUAUAUGUGCCUCCUGGAAAAAACUCGACACAUUGUGGUAAACCAGUUGAGAUGAGAGACUCUUGCAGCUGCUCUGCCUACUGCAAUGGAACUGCUGCGUACUAUUUUUUCCAAAUUACAAUACAAGACCCCUCAGUUAACUUUUCAUACGUCUCAUCUUUGGUUUCUUUGCUAAAAUCCCCACGACCCUGCUCUCCAAACACAACCAACAGUUCAUGUCCAUUGCCCAUCAUUGCAUCUGAAUAUCAGGAUGCUCAUUUGACCUGUGGGACCACGACAACAAAUCUGAAUGGCUGCCUUGUGGUUGUAAGCUUCGCCCGUGAGAUGCCUGUGUGUGCCGUCUCCACGGCCGUGAUAGCUCUGUUUCAUUUAGAGGAAAACAUCUCUUACAAUGGAGAAGUAACUCGAGCAGCAAUUUGUGGGAAUCCAGCUGGCAAAAACCCCCUGAAAUCAAGCUUCACAUGGCUUUUCUUAGGCGUAAAGCCCUCAGAGUUUUGUUUGGAAACGGCUGCAAUUGACUUCCUCAGAUGUGCCAAAGGAAAUAGUCUGUGCAUUCUCCUGACACAACGCUGUAAUGCGAAAAUUAUACCACCACCCUUCACUACAUCCAGCCCAAAUGUGACAGCCACCACUCUGAGUCAAACCUCUGCACAACAAAACACCACAUCCGCCAGUGGAAACACAACAGCUGUAGGCUCCAGCCCCACCACCAUUAUUACUAAUGUCACAGUGACAGCACUGCCCAACGUCACAGUGACGGCACUGCCCAAUAUCACAGUGACGGCACUGCCCAACGUCACAGUGACCGCACUGCCCAACGUCACAGUGACCGCACUGCCCAACGUCACAGUGACCGCACCGCCCAAGACCACUGUAGCCACCGGAAGUACACCGACUUCUCAUAUCCCAUCUGCACAUCCAACAACAGCCAACACAACAGAAAGUGCUGAGGGGCAAGCCAACGCUCUGCUCGACCUGACCAGAGAUGUGUCCAAACUCAACUCCAGCCAGGUGGACCAGCUGGUGUCUAAGCUGGAGGAACUUUUGGCGGGGCCCACUGUCAGUCUGGCUCUGGGAAACACUUCCAUCCACAUUGUCAGCAAUCUGCUGGAUGCUUCACCUGACACAGUCGCCGACUCCUCCAGCAGGAUCAUAGGGAUUGUCGAUACAGUGGGGUUGAAGCUGGUCCUCGAAAAAGAUGCUGAAACCAUCCUUUCCCAAGCUCUGGCUCUGACUGUGAAAACAACAGAUGGCACUAAUUUUCCAGGAACAUCUUUUUCCAUCUCAGACCCCAACACUGUCGAGGUCCGUGGGGAUCCCAGGACGAGGAGGAGUGUGAGAAAAGAGUCCAUCCCUCAAGGCUCCAUCAGGUUGCCUCCUUCUCUCACACAGGACCUCACCUCCCAGGAGCAGCAGCUGGCCUCCAGAGUCCAGUUCAACUUCUACCAGAAGAGCACCGUGUUCCAGGACAGGUCGUUGGGAGAGCGCAGGCUAAUUAGUGGGAUCCUUGGGGCGAGUGUGGCCAACCUGUCAAUUACAGGACUGGAAGACGAUGUUAUAAUUCACCUGAGAAACACAGAGCCCAUUCCAGCUAAUUUUGUGGCGUCGUGUGUUUUCUGGGACUUUACACGGAAUGAUGGGUCAGGUGGUUGGAACCCAAAUGGCUGCGUUGUCCGAAACAGCACCGAUAAUGAGACGGUUUGUGGCUGCAACCAUCUAACCAGCUUCGCUAUACUGCUGGACCUGUCUAGAGAUCCUAUAACCAGUCGCCUCCAGGCCACCAUCCUCACCUAUAUCACAUACAUCGGCUGUGGAAUCUCUGCUAUUUUCCUAGCUGUCACCCUCCUCACCUAUUUGGCCUUUGGGAAGCUGCGUAAAGACAUUCCUUCCAAAAUCCUCAUCCAGCUGUGCCUGGCUCUGCUGCUGCUGAACCUGGUCUUCCUGGUGGACGCGUGGCUGGCUCUCUACCCAGAAGCCGUCGGCCUCUGCAUCUCCACUGCCUGGUUCCUUCACUACUUCCUGCUGGCUGCCUUCACUUGGAUGGGGCUGGAGGCCAUCCACAUGUACCUGGCUCUCGUCAAGGUCUUCAACAGCUACAUAUCCCAUUACAUGCUCAAGUUCUCCCUGGCUGGCUGGGGGAUCCCACUCAUUGUGGUCAUUAUCGUUAUUGCGAUUGACAAGGACAACUAUGGUCUUGUCACCUAUGGGAAGUUCACUGACGGCUCUACGGAUGACUUUUGUUGGUUGAAAAAUGACAUUGCCUUCUAUGUAGCAGUGGUGGCCUAUUUUUGUGCCAUUUUUCUGUUCAACUUCAUCAUGUUUGUCGUGGUCAUGGUCCAGCUGUGUCGGAUAAAGAGGCAGAACCCCCACAACAUGCAGCACCGUAGUACGCUGCAGGAUGUGCGCAGUGUGCUGGGGAUCACCAUCCUCCUGGGCCUCACCUGGGGCUUUGCCUUUUUUGCAUGGGGGCCUGUUAACCUGGCCUUCAUGUACCUCUUUGCCAUCUUCAACUCUUUGCAAGGCUUCUUUAUAUUUGUGUUCCACUGUGCGGUGAAGGACAACGUGAGGAGGCAGUGGAGGACCUACCUGUGCUGUGGCAAACUGAGACUAGCAGAGAACUCAGAAUGGAGCCGCACAGCAACACAGAAGACAGCUAAGAAAUCAUCAGUUAACAGAGCAUCGACUCUUCAUUCUUUCAAAUCGUCCCAGUCCAACAACUCCACCAGCUCCUCCUCCUUCCUGGUCAGUGACUCCUCAGAGCAGACCAGCGGCAUCGGAAGUCCACUUGAAGACAGAGUGAUCACAGCUGAUGAAGAGCCAAACUCGGACAUAAUCCUUAAUGAGCUCAACAACCAGUACAGAAAUCAACAAGCACACUGAUCCAAGAAACUGCGGGGAACACCCUGUUUGCUUUCAUGCCUCAGUACUGUACUGAAAUAUUUGCAUAUAACUGCUGUAUAAAUACAUAGUAAUUAAUGCCACAACCCUCUGCAUGUCAGGUUGGUUCAUGUUUACAAUGACUCGGAAUGGCCAAGGAAAACACGUCUGUUCUGGCUCGUUCUGUUCUGACGUGGCAACACACAUCAGUCAAAGGCAGCACAAGCCAGUGGGAAGAUGUGAUACGUGAUAAAUGUUGUACCCAAAAUUAAGUUUCUGAACAGUGACUAAACAAAGUCUUUACAAAUACCACUUUAAUGAAAAUAAGGUCCUUCAGAAAAGAGAACCUGAAAAAAAAGUGUUCA